UAUAUAUGUACAGGAGAGAAGGGGGGGGUGGUUUGUGCAGUGAUACUUAUCACCUUCUAUUAAUGGAUCCAAGAUUGAUUAAAGCAGCUCAAGACGGAGAUGUAUACGCUUUGUAUGCAUUACUUGGGGAGGAUCCAUAUAUUCUUGAUAAAGUUGAUAAGAUUCCAUUCACUAAUACUCCAUUACAUUUUGCUGCAAUUCAUGAUCAUCCUUCUUUUGUCAUGGAAAUUUUAAAUCUGAAGCCUUCAUUCAGUAUGAAGCUAAACCAAGAUGGAUUUAGUCCUAUGCAUUUGGCUUCUACAUAUGGAUGCCUAGAGGUUGUGAAACUUCUAUUGAAAGCAGACAAUGGACGGCGAUUAGAGAAAAUGAAAAAGAUAUUAGCAGUGGAUGGUGAUCAUCUUUGUAACCUCAAGGGUAAAGGGAGGAUGACUCCUCUUCAUUGUGCAUCCAUUGCUGGACAUGUAGAUGUUUUAAAUGAAUUUCUCUUCCAUUGCCCCAAAUCUAUUAUGGAUUUAACUUCGAAGGAGGAGACUGCUCUUCAUCUAGCAUUGAAAAAUGAUAAAAUUGAAGUCUUUGAAGAAUUGGUGAAUUGGCUCCGACGUCACCAGCAACACGAUCUUUUAAGCUGGCAAGACCAAGAAGGCAACAAUGUCUUGCAUCUUGCAGUAGUACUUUUAAGAGGACACAAGAAGGUUAAGAUGGUCGAGCUAUUGCUUCAUACUCGCAGAAAUAGCCUUGUAAGAAAAGCUGUGCAGGUCAACUCGAAGAACAAACAUGGAUUUACAGCCUUGGAUCUUUUAUUAAUGGAGGACGAGGAGGGGGUUCCAAGGGGACAGGAUGACCAGGGAAGAGUAGAAAGUAUCCUUCGUGGUGUUGGAGCUAAGAGAGCCCAUGACGAUAUUGAGCUAGAAACAGGAAUAACUUCUCGCAUAAUGAAAUGGGUGUAUACUCGUUACGUAAAACCAGUGCUCAAGUAUUUCAGUUUCAGGGUAGACUUUGAUACUCCCAGUGAUAUAAGGAAUGCACUAUUUGUAGUAAUUGCUCUUAUUGCAACAGCAACCUACCAGACUGGAAUUACCCCUCCUGGUGGUUUGUGGCAGGAUGUCCACAUCAAUAGUGGCCACGACGAUCCUGUACCAACACACUUUGCUGGAGAUCCGAUUUGGUAUACUUAUGAUCCACAUGGUUACUCGUUUGUCAUGCUUUGUAAUCUUCUUGGGUUCAUUAUAUCUUCAAUCCUGUUAUUCAACCUCACAGUAGGAUACCCUCUGCGUGGUCCACUUCAAAUCGCCCUAUGCAUUUUUCUAAUUACUUAUGUUUGGUGGACACCAAUCGUCCCUCUCAAUGUUAUUUCUAAAUCAGUACCAUCAAAAGUUCUUCCAACACCUCAGCUGUUGUAUGAUUUUGCACUGGUAACAGGGGUUGUGUUGAUUAUUGUACUCAUCUCUUGGGUUGCCAGUGGUAAUUGGACGAGAAAGACCAGGAACCAAUUUUCAUGA